AAGAUGAUAGGCUUUCUCAAGUUUGCCCUCAUUGGUACUGUGCUAUUAGGAGUGGCUAAUGGAGCAAGUGUAGCUACUGCAUCAGCAAAGGGCUCAAACUGCACUGUACAAGAUGGAUAUGCUGCGCUUAUGUGCCUUGUGCGUCUCAGCGACUUCGCGGAAAAAGUUGACAAUCUCGAUAUGAACGAUAAAACAAAACUAAAAGAAUUCAAGAGAUCGUGUGAUUCUCUUCACAGCUGUUAUUCCAAUCUUAACUGCACAACAAAAAGCGAUGAUGAAAAGGACAAAUAUGUUGAAUCCAUCAAACAGUACUGUGAUGCUGUUGUAUAUGUCUCCGAUGGGUUCUCCAAGUGUAGUGAUAAACUGAAUGAGAAAAAAUCAAAAUGCUUUGAUGACUGGGACCCAAUUCCAAACAAAAUUCAUUUGGAAGAAGAUGAGGCUAAAAUCGAGAAAAUCAAAAAUGAAGCCUGUAAGACGUAUUUUGGAAAAGAUGACUGCAUGAAGAAGGAGAUUACUGAAACAUGUGGCAAAGAAGAAUGGGAUUCAUUCCGCAAGCAAUUUGUCAAUCUUUCCGGUGGACUUGUCAGCAAAUGCGACUUCAGCAGAUUUGAAUAAUUUUUAUUUCUAGUUCCAAUAAGUAUUCGUCAAUUGUAAAAUUCUAAAGAUGAAGAUCCAGUAAAUGUG